AUGCAUUUCUUGGGAUCCCGAGUGAACGUUGGUUUGGUGAAGCGAUUCGGUGGUCUAAAGACAACGCUCUACAACCUUACUAUUGAUGGUUGUAAACUUGUAAAUGGUGAAACGAAACCGAACCCAAUAAUAACAUAUAUCUACGGUUUCUACAAGGUUUACUCCAAUCUUAAUCACUCAUGUCCCUACGAUCACGAUAUUAUGAUGGAGAAAAUCCCUGCCACCGUUCUCGACACACAAUUCGCGGAAAUGCUUCCAUUUGCUCGUGGCGAAUACAUCUUCCAAACCCAUUGGAUUCAUCAUAACAACAACAAGGCCACGGUAACUUCAAAGAUGGAAUUUACAAAUAUCAAGUGCACAUCUUUGGACACGGAAUUCGAUGACUUUGAGUACUGUCUCCUCAAGUCUGUGAACCGAACUUACAAGUACAUGUCGCUGAAAGUAAACUUGUACAAGACCCCCAUUAACUUUGUCAAGGUAAAUUUUGCAUUGCUUAAGAGGUUCAAUGGAUACAAGCCUUUCCUUUAUAACAUCAGUGUAGAUGCCUGUAAGGUUCUAAAGAAUCCUAAGUCAAACCCAAUAUUCGGAUACUUUCAUAGUCUAUUCAGGAGCUACUCCAAUAUGAAUCACACGUGUCCCUUCAAUGAGGAUCUUAUAGUGGAUAAGCUCUCUGUAGAUUUCAUCAACCAUAAAUUUACACAGGUUUUAGCUUUUCCACCUGGUGACUACCUUUUUCACUCCAAAUGGAUAGCAAAUAAUAAAAAUCGUGCUGAGGUGAACGUCUAUGCAACUCUUUCAUAA